GGGGCGGGGCUGGCGGCCCGAGAAAAGGUGUCCGGGGGACGGCAGCUGGAAAGGCUCAUGCUGGAGUGCUUCGCGUCUGGGUCGGGGAUUGUCUGGGUACCUGUAACUAUGACACCCCUGCGGCUUCUCAGAGCUCCCUUCUUGUGUGUCCUGUUCUGGGCCUUUUGUGCCCCGGGUGCCAGGACCCAGGAGCAUGGGGCCAGCGUCCAUCAUGGCAGCUUGGGCCUGGACAAGAGCACGGUGCACGACCAAGAACAUAUCUUGGAACAUCUGGACGGUGUCAUCAAUAGGCCAGAGGAGGAGAUGUCCCCGCAAGAACUGCAGCUCCAUUAUUUCAAAAUGCAUGACUACGAUGGCAACAAUUUGCUUGACGGGUUAGAGCUCUCCACUGCCAUCACUCAUGUCCAUAAGGAGGAGGGGAGCGAACACGCACCAGUAAUGAGCGAAAAGGAACUGAUUACCAUAAUAGAUGGCGUUUUGAGAGAUGAUGACGUGAACAAUGAUGGAUACAUCGACUAUGCUGAAUUUGCAAAAUCACUGCAGUAGACACUAUUUGGCUCUUUCAUUAUGUGCAAACGUUACCCUUGAUAAUGUGAAGGAAGGUGUCUGGUAAUGCAAAAGAACUCAUUUCCAUCUCCUGCUGCAACCUUUGGUAAGAUCCUGUGGCAGUGUUACGCUGGGUGAGGAGGAAGCCAGAGGAAUGGGAGAGAAUUGGGCUGUGCCUUGGUCCCAGACUGCUUGUAAACUUGUCGGACAAGAGCUGGGUGACAUGUAGACAAGGGUGAUGGGGUAUUCCCAAGCUCUCAGGACUUGACUGUAGAAUGCCACUCCACUUCUUGAUGUUAAUUCAUUCUACAUGGAAAAGUAAAGACAGUAUGCUUUGCCAAGGACACAGUAACAAUGGAGGGACAGUGUGAAAGCCACAUGUUUUUCUUGGUGGCUCACUAUUCUGUUCCCCUGGCAUAUAGCAUUACUUGCUCUGGGAACUUGGUUGUAUAAUAGUGUAUAUUAAAGCAGCAGCAUAAGAAGAAUGUUACCUAUUGAGUUCAGUGGAUGCAGCAUCUGUCUAAGAUUCCAUUUCCAUUGGCAUUCUGGAAAUAAGGAGACACUACUCACCUAAAUAAUUAGCCUUUUUCAGAUCUCUGGUAUUUUAUACAAGUACUGCCAUGCUCUAGACUUCAUUUUCAACCUGGGAGAGACCUUGAAUUUGAGUGUGUUCUCUAAUCACUAUCCACUGUUUGAGCUUUUCUAAUCCUUGUAUUUCAUCCUUGCUCCCAGGACUCCCUUCACGGUUUAUGAACUCUUGGCUUGGUACCGCAGGUAUAAACUAUCAGCUGCUCUAGCUUGAGUGAGACCUGAAAAGAUUGUCACUCAGAAUGGUGAUUAACCUCACCCAAGUUUCGAAGGAAUGUUUUUAAAAUUACCUCUUUAAGCCUGAAUAUGAGAAUUCUUUUUAUUUCAGGGAAGGUCAGAAAAGGAAGCCUAAAGCCCUUUAGCAUUGUGAAUCUCAGUAGUAGCUGAAAGAGAGGCACCAUGAGUUGUAAUUUGCUUUGUGGGAUGUGAUAGACAUACUGUAAAACAGAAUCCAGAAUGAUGGUGGGAUCGGAAAAAGAAACUAAAUCAAAUUUGCUUUAAGAUGUAUAGAGACUUAUUUUCUUUAUUAAAAUAUUCUUGUAAGAAACCUUCA